AUGACACCAAGAAGAAGCACUCGUAUUGCUAGCGAAAGACUUGGGUCUGAAGGCGACGUAGAAUAUGUACCCCCGGCAGAGACGACCACCAUUUGUACCAAGAAAGGUCAGCUGGCCACCAAUUCAACUCCAGGUAAACGAAAGAAAGUCAAAAUCCGAACAGGAAACACAAACUCUCGAAUAAGAGGAAAUGAUUUUGAGGAAGAGAAUGCAUCACUUGGCGAGAAAGAAAUACAAACCACCUCAAAGUUGGCAGAAAAGAGACCACUUCAAGUCUCCAAUGCAACAGACCCUGCAACAAAGCGACUCAAGUAUGAUGAAGGGGUUCAGAAUCUUGCACAAACGCCCGAAGACGGGUACCAUAGGCUGAGACGAAGACUGCUGCACUCAACCGAAAAGAUUCUCGACCUCGAGCUAAACGCACAAGAUAAAGACGAUGAGGUAGCAGGGCUGAGGGAUGAAAACUCUAUGCUUUCAAAGCUUGUUGGCAAUCUUGAGGCCGAAGUCGUACGUCUGAUGGACAGCAAUAACUUGAUUCAGGUCAAAUGCAGAGAGUUGGAAAAGCAUCGUGACGAAAUUCAGCAAAACGCAAUACAAGCUCUAGAUGAUGCUAAAAAACACCACACAAAUGAGCUUUCAACUAUAUCUAUUGAUACCAUCGACAAAAAAUGGAGGCAUCUCAUCUAUUGUAUUCACGACUUGGUUGUCCAAAACCUCACCGCCGAACCGGCACAAGAUGGCGAUUUACAGACCAGACGGGCAGUAGGGAGACUCAUUCGGGCGGUUAGAGAGAGACCCUAUUUACAGACGUCACUCAUCGAAAGGUACAUUUGGAGAUACAUUUAUAGAUCUGUAUUCCAAGCAGAUAGUGCGCUUUGGGGUGGCGCUAGCGGGCUUACCUUAACCACGAUUUGCGGUGAUCCAAGAGUUCAAAUUGGGCUUUCAGUAACGGAAGUGAUGAAAUACCGGGCAGCGGAGACCCUUAUCUCCCGGUUUGGGGUGAAUGAACGCCAGAGAUUGAUGCAUAUAGAAGACAUCUACGAAGCUCUGGCGCCUUUCCAAUCAAAUCUGGUGACUACUGAGGUGCGGGAAGGCGUAGUCCUCGCAUUCGAUUCUGCUGUCAACAUCAUGAAAAUGUUCAUGAAGUCUCAAGAUAUAUAUGGGUUUGGGACUUGCUUUGAAGACUCUAAUUCGAGGCAGGUGGCCUAUGACAAAGAGAACAUGAAAAUUUCGACAUGUUUGGUGCCUGACAGUCCUCACAGGAAUCAACCAGAGAGAUUUGAAGUUCUGCUGGUGCAUAACCCACCGCUUUUUAUUAUCAGCAUGACCGAGGGUGAGUAUUUUGGGCGCAAGGAGUUAGUUUGCCGUGCAAACGUGACAGUUCGCAAGGAGGAAGUGUCAGAUGAUGAUACAGAGAAGGGGUCAGGAGAACUAGAAGAUAAGAUUUCUGAUGAAGUCAGCAUCAUUGUGAGCUGA